GGCUCGCCGACCAUCAGGGGCCGCUCUCGUUCCUGUCGAGCCGCUCUCAGCUUCCCGGGGGCACGAGCGGCGGCUAUGGGUUGGUUCUCAAAGAAGGCCGCCAAGCCAGCCGAGGCGAACGCGCCAGCUACCGGCCGCGCCUCUUCCUCAUCAAGGAAGAGCAAGUCGGACGCCGCCGCGCCGUCCGAGCCCGCUCCGGCCGAGCCAUCGGCGGAGCCGCCCGCUGGGGCAGAGGCGGAGGCGGUGACGGAGGUGGAGGCCAGGCAGGAGGUCGAGGCGUACGAGCCGACGGCCGAUGCGGCCAAGGCGGAAGGUGAGGCCCCCGCCGAUCCGGCUGCCACGCCAGCGGCGGACGAGGCGGAUGCGGCUGUGGACGCCUCGCGGCGCUCCUCCAAGGAGGUGAUCAGCGCGAGGAGUGAGGUCGCCGACGCGCCCGCGGACGAGGUGGUGGCGGAGGCUGCGGCGGACGGCGAGGCAGAGGCGGCCGGAGCGGCGGAGGAGGAGGGGGGGGAGGCGGCGGCGGCGCCCGGCCGCGACUCGAAUAUGUCGGACGCGUCGCAGGCAUCGACGGCCUCGCAGGCAGCCGACGCCAGGGCGGCGAUCUUUGCUCAGAUACAGGCGGCGGAGGCGGAGGCGGCGGAGGCGCCGAGGCCGGCUCCCGCGGCGACGGGCGGCCCGGCGGCGCUGAAGAAGUGGCAGCAGCAGGAGCUGCCUAAGGGCGACGAGAAGCGAGUCCGGGCGGUCAAGUUGGAGCGGGUCAAGGUGGAGGGCAGCUCGCAGCACGCCGAGGCCAUGCGCAACCUAAAGGACAUCAAGGCGCGCGCCUUCCCUAGAACAGCGCCGGAGCGACGCGCAGACUGUUUCUCCGCCAGCAUUCCCAAGGAGAAGACGAACUUCACCGCGCGAGACAAGGCGGCGCACCCGAGAUCGCUCGAGAUCGCCACGAGAUUGCGCCGAGAUCGCCCUCGAGAUCACUCUACAAGGGCACCUCCGCGACGCGUCCUCGACGCGCGCGACUCCAUCCCGCGCGCGUCAAACGUGCGCAAGGCGAAGGAGGGGCUCUUCGCGGCGGCGGAGAAGGAGCCCGAGAGCAAGCUGUCGCAGGCCGAGGAGGCGAAGCGCAAGCUCGCCAACCUUGGGGUGGUCGACAAGAGGGCUGCGUACGGGGUCAAGUCUAAGAGCGGGUCGCAGCACGCAAAGGCGAUGGCCAACCUGAGGCAAGAGGGCGGGGUCGACACGACCAAGGGAUCGGUCGCGAAGAGCGAGCUCGUCGGCAAGGCGCCCGUCGGCAAGGCCCCGCCGCCAAGGACGAUUGAGGGGUCGCAGGCUUCGAAGGCUCGGGCGGUGUUUGAGGGCAGCUGAGCCGGCGGCACUGGUGCGGCACGGCGAUAGCUUGCCGCCGCGUCGUGACUGGCUACCGGGCAAGGGGCGUGCGGCGGCCGCUCACAGCGCGGCACGGCGGGAGCUCAACCUGUGCGCAGGGCUGCGCGCGGCGACGUCGCGGCCGCGCGUGUGGCCGAGCGACUUUAUGGUUGGCCUGUGCUUGCCGCGGCGUCGGCCGAAAGGGAAGGGGGGGGGGGGGGGGGGCGUUGGAGGAGAGCGGUGAGGUACAACUGGCCGAAACUGUCGAGUAGGAGGCCCGGUGCUAGUAGCGUGCAAUGUGGAGGGCUUUGAGAUCGCAGAGAGAGGAGUCCCGCCUCGGGGUGCGAGGUCGAGAGAACGGUAGAGAGUGAGGGCCUGAGGCAGUCAGCGGCACUGGCAGGGUACGCCUGGGGUACGCGCUGGGGCGCGGGGCCGGGGGCGUCUCGGUGUAUAAGGGGUGUAUGGCGUGCCGCCACUUGUGCCGCCAACGCAGUAAGUUCUCAAACGGGGUUUGAUUCUC